AUGUCACUUAUUGACGAUCGUUUUCCUAAUAACAACACCCCACCUAUCUCACACAGGCCGUCCAUCAAUGAGGCAAUAGAACUAAAUGAGAUUCCGUCGAUUAGUAGCUUGGAGAAUCGACCCCCUAUAGAAUUAGUUGAGGAAAUAUCAAGGGGACGAUAUGCUAUACAUUGGAAAGCUAUUUAUAAAAAUAAUACAGUAGCUGUUAAAAUAUACCCUCUUGAGGGUAAAAUCUCAUGGUUCAUAGAACAAGAAGUUUAUCAACUACCCCACAUGAAACAUGAAAAUAUACUAUCUUUCAUUGGGGAUGUUAUUGACGAAUUCAAAAGUGAAUAUUGGUUGAUCACUGCUUACCAUGAUCGUGGAUCGUUAUAUGACUUCUUAAAAUGUAAUACAUUAUCAUGGAGUAAGCUUUGCCAUAUUAAAUAUUGCAUUGCAAGAGGGUUGACACAUUUGCAUGAAGAAAUUUUAUCAAGACAUUUAGAUGAAUGUAAGCCAACAAUUGUUCAUAGAAAUUUAAAAACCAAAAAUAUUUUGUUAAAACAUGAUUUAACCGCAUGUAUUUCGGAUUUUGGUGUCGCUGUGGGUUUGCAAGAUGGGAAGUUAUGUGGUGCUGUUCAUACCCGGAAUUACGUCUAUUACCUGGUGUAUGUGGGGAUGUGGAGUGUAAAAUUGUUGGUUAAAAUGUCUAUGAAAUGCUUCUACACCGUUCGUAGUUCGAGAACGUUGUCGGAAAAUGAAAAAUCUGACGUUAGUGAAUCUGAUAUUAAUUGUGUAAAGGCAUCUUUUACUUCUUCUGGAGGUAAAUACGGCAAACCAAAAAAACUUUUAAGCCAAUUGCCAAUAUUGGAAUUUUCGUUAUUAUACUCAAAAAAGAAGUAUAACGAUGGCCCAGAAGCUAAACGGGCAAGAUUAGACAAAAAUCGACAAGCCCAAACAAAUUUAAGAGCUACAGAAACGCCAUCAAUGAAAAAUACACGCAUUUUACAACAACGCGAAAACAGGAUUCAACAACGGUACGCAGAAACACCUACACAUAAAGAAGACCGGAAGACAGCGGACCAUGAACGAUAA